AGUACUCAAAUAAAAACAGGUGUUUUUUCCAAACCUGUUCUUCUCAAAAUUGGUGUGUAGUCCCAAGAACUCCAGAGAAAAAGUUAUAUAAAAUGGCACAAAAAGGCAAUUCCGCUGUAAAUUUCUUUAAAAGCAUUUAUCACAACGAAUUUCAAUGGUCCGUGGUCAAAAGUUUUGGACUGUUCUUUUUGGGCGUACGUAUCGCUAAGGAAUUCGUGGGAGUGGAAAUUAUGCCGGCCAUAGCCCACUAGCUUGAUGAUUCCCUAUUGUUUAAAAUAGUUUCUUAUAAGUAUGAAUAGAUUGUAUGGUUGUUAACAUUUUUAUUGAAAAAUGUUUAA